AUGGCUCACCCCAGCUUCAGAAAAACGCAUGACGUGCAAUCCUUUGCAAAGCUCUACCAAGAAAAGGAGCGUAAACAGAAGGAGCGCAAACAACAGAAACGUCAACGACAGCUCGAGGAGCAGCAAAAGCACCAGCAAACAUCAACGAACUUGUCCACAGUGCUCGCAACACCACUCGAGCAAGAUGUCGGAGCUCUCAUUUUGACAGAGACUCGGGCUUCAGGCUACGCAUCAGGUGGUCUCGCUAACUCUUUUGCUGGUAUUGACGACCUCGAAUUCAACUUUAGCGAGGUCUUCGACACAGCCGAGUUAUAUAGCGAUACUCUGGAUGACAUCGCACACACAACCGAGCCUUUUGCCCUGAUCUCCGAGAUCGGUGGUGUCACAGCGGAAAUUACGAAACCCAUCUUGCCAGAUGAGAUCAAGUCUUUGGAAUCCUGGUCGACUUGCACUCCUGUACUAGCCCGGCCUCCCACAGAACCGAGUUCGCAAGAAGUGGCAACUGCCUCUUCACGAAGCGAACAGCCCCUGGCUCCUGACCUGGUCAGACGUUCAACUGAAAAACUUCGCCUAACAAGUUGUCUUAGCGACAUGAACAUAGAUAUUGCUGGAUCAAAAGAGAGGAGCGAGAGCAGUGACACCGGGGAAAGCUGUGAUAAUAACGGCUCAGCUAAAGAUGAUUACGGCAGCUCUUAUGAUAACGACACUGAGAAGUCGUUGGGGAUCACCACAUCACACAUCCUCACCAGAAGCACCUCCGUGGCGCCCGACUCCACGGGGAGUCCGUCAUGCGCAUUAAGCCCUAUUACCAGUCUCUCCGUCAACGCUGCCGCCGCUUCCUUGGAUAUGGUGGAAGAGCCUCAAACAGACAUUUUCGCGCUUCCUACUCCAUCCUCAGAUCACGCCGCCGUCUCACAGCAAGGUCACGAGAUGCCAACAUGGGGACAGUAUCACAGGCUCUUCCAGCGAGGACUUUACGCGCACUACCAUCUCGAGUCUUGA